AUGUAUUGCAAAGCUUCUCUCUAAAAAUACGCUCGAAGCUGACGGCACCGUUUGGCCGCACAAUUACAGGGUUGUAGGGACGACUUCAUCUGACUCAGAAGAGCACAGACCAUACUUGGUCGAAGCCUACAUUGCAUGUGGCUCCCGAUUCAACAUGCCGGCGGGCACAAAGAUGGCCGAUGUGCCUGUUUUACCACCUUCUGGACGUCUCGGCCUACAAUGCCUACGUGGUGUUUACUGACAUCAACCCAGGGUGGAAAAACAAUAAACUUAACAAGAGACGGCUAUUUCUGGAGUAACUGGGCGCGGCGCUCAUCACGCCGGAGGUGAGUCGAAGAAGGCCAGCGAAGCCAGCAGAACCGAUGUCGACUGCAGAGCCAGAUGCAGCGCAGCCCACAGGUACCCGCAAAAGAAAGCAGUGUGGACUCGGCACAAGGACCCUAAUUGCUUCAAACAUUUGUCCCUCCAUGAUAAAAAAUCCAAUUUUCAGCAAACAAAGAUGUUCAUCCUCAUUUCUACAGUCAUGACUUGGGCAUGCAGUGAGCCAAUUAAUUCUGAAGAAGUGGAGCUCCCUUUUACUGAUGAGGAUUUUAGAAGAAGAAAAGCUCAUCCAAACUUUAAAAAACACCUUGAACUGGAGAAAAUGGUUGCCAAAAUGGGGAAGACGGACAGAAUGUUGUUUUCCACUUAUGUUGUGGUGUCAGGUCUUCAAUAUGGAAUGGGAGAGCAAGCCUUCCAUCUCUUUUUCAAGAUGUCAUGGCUGGGCCAGGAAAAUGAAAUACCAGUGUUUGGAGAUGGCACUAACAUUGUCCCCACGAUUCACGUUAGUGACCUUGCAAGUGUCAUUAAAAAAAUAAUUGAGCAUCAGCCCAAGCCCUAUUACUUGGUAGCUGUGGACUAUUCCAACAACACCAUGGAGGACAUUGUUAAGACCAUUGCAUGCGCACUUGGAUUGGGGAAGAUCCGGAGAAAGCCAUUUGAAGAGGCCUUUCUAAAACAAGACCUGAGUAUCAUGGACAUUGAUUUGUUGCAAGUCAAUCUUUGCAUGGAAGGAGGCCAUCUCAAGGAACUGUUCUGUGUCCAGUGGUUAUGUGAGUUUGGCCUAGUGGAGAACAUAGAGCUUGUGGUGGAAGAGUACCGCCAAAACAGGGGACUGCUGCCCAUUCGUAUGUGUGUUCUGGGUCCUCCUGCAGUCGGGAAAAGCAGAGUGUGUAUGCAAAUAUGUGACCACUACAAGCUCCAUCAUAUCAGGCUGAAUGAGACAAUCUCUGAGACCAUCUCAAACCUGGAAUACUUUGUGAGGAACACUCUUUCAGAUGCAGAGAAUGAGGACUCAACAUCAGCUAUAGAAGCUCAGGACCUGCUGAAUUUUUUCAAGGACCAUAUAGAGCAGAAUGGAGGUUUUUUGGAUGACCAGGUAUUGGUGAAGGUGAUGAUGGAUAAGCUCAUGUCCAACCCUUGCAAAAACCAGGGCUUUGUUCUUGAUGGAUUUCCAAAGACAUAUGAACAAGCUAAAGAGCUUUUCCAUGUUGAGGACCAUGAAUCAGAGGAGAAAUCAUAUUUGAUUUCCUAUUGCAACAAGAAGAUAUUGCCAGAAUUUGUUAUAUGCCUUGAUGCAUCAGAUUCGUUUCUAAAAGAUCAGGUGAUCAACCUCUCUGAGAAGUUGGUGCAGGAAAAAAAAUAUGAGCAGGAACACUUCCUGCAAGUUUUAGCCAAAUACAGAGAGAAAAUCAUGGAAGAAGAAAGCAUCAUCAAUUACUUUGAAGACUUGGAUAUACAUCCAAUAUUAAUUGAGAUUACCAGCCUCAAUACACCUGACAGCCAAUUGCUGAUGCAUUCAAUCUGUGAGAGAGUGGGUAAACCAAGAAACUAUGGCGAGAGCAACCAGAAAGUACAGGAAGAGGUGAUGAUGCUGACAGAGAGUGUGAAAAAGGCAGAUAAGGAGCAGAAAGAGAUGGAGGAAGCCAAGCAGAGAUCUGCACACUGGGAGAUGUGGACUAAGACUUUAGAGGAGAAGAGGCAAUGGGAAGUGCAACAAUUGGAGGUUCUGUCCAUUCCAAUGAAGACGUACUUGACAGAGCACAUCAUAACAACUGUGUCUCAGGGCUUGGUGGCCUGUGGGUCAGCAUGGCCAGAAGAUCCACUAGAUUUCCUGGCAGAAUAUUUGAUAAAGAACCAUCCGUGACACAUUCUGUGAUCACAUGAAUAUUAAAAAAAAACCCUGAUCCUCCACUGUCAACAAUGAUGAAGAAGCUGUUGAUGUUUUGUUAAAUGGGAG